AUGGCGGCAACAGAUUCAGCAAAGAACAUGGCGGCCUUCCUCGACAAGCCAGGCACGCCGUUUGCAGUGCGUGAGGCUCUCAUGCCUACACCGGCAGCUCACGAGCUUGUGCUUCGGGUUCACAGCGUUGCGAUCAACCCGACUGAUUACUUCCGCGCGGCUCAGGGAAGGGAUGUGCCCGAAGAUUCCUACCCGUACGUCAUUGGCUGCGAUGGUGCUGGAGUGGUUCAUUCUGUUGGCAACGAUGUCGAACAUCUCAAUGUCGGAGACCGAAUCAUGGCGAUGAGCACUGAGUUUUUCGUGCACAAGGCCGAUCAUGGUAUGUUCCAACGCUAUGUGGUUAUUGAUGGGAGACAUGCCUGCAAAAUACCUGAUCGAUUGAGCUUCGACGAGGCGUGUGUGUUCCCAUUGGCGAUGGCUACCGCUGCUGGUGCUCUUUUCGAGAAGGAGAGCAUGGAUUUGAACUGGCCAAGGCUUGCAGGUACCUCCGAGUUGAAAAACCACGCUAAUGAUGUGGUCGUUGUUUGGGGAGGAAGCUCGAGUGUGGGAUGCUGCGCUGUUCAGAUGCUCAAAGCUGCUGGAUAUAGAGUCGUUGCUACAGCAAGUAAGCGCAACUUCGACUUGUGCACUCAGGCAGGAGCGGAAGUGGUGUUUGACUAUAACGACGAGGAAUGUAUAGACAGGGUAUGCGAGUGGGUGGAACAAAGGGGCUUGCAGUCUGCUGGUACAUUUCCAGUCGUGAUCGAUCCGCCUUCCUUUGAAAAAUGUGCUGCAAUUGCGAAGAGGUUGCCAGGGCGAAAGUAUGUGACCACAACAUUACCACGAGGACUAUUGACCAAGCCAAAUCUCGGAGAAGGGAUCGGUGUUGGGGACUGUCUGGUCCUUCAGCAGGCUGAUUUCCUCGAGCAUUUGUGGUCGAAGUAUAUGCCGGAUGCUCUCCGGAGCGGUGAGCUCAAGUGCUUACCUCCAGCUGAAUUUGUAGGGCGAGGGCUGGAGAGCGUUCAAGGUGCUUGCGAUCUCAUGAGCAAGGGUGUUUCUGGUAAGAAGUUAGUCUUGAGUGGAAUAUAG